UGUCACUUCUCGGCGCCGGAAGAUCCUAUUUGAAUGCUCUCUUCCCUCGGUUCCUGCCCCCUUCCCAGCGCCAACAAGGCAGAAGUUCAGGAAAUGAGCCGGAAGAGACAUCGCCUAGUGUCAGACACCUUUGGGCUGAAAAGGCGGCGACGAGAUGGAAAAGUGGAUCCUUUGAGGGGCGAGUCAGGGUCGGCGCGCGCUGCGGUGCUGGAGCUUGUCAGUCUGUUUCCGCGAGGCCUGUUCGAGGAUGCUCUCCCACCCAUCGCGCUGAGAAGCCAGGUGUACAGCCUCGUGCCGGACCGCACCGUGGCCGACAGACAGCUGAAGGAGCUUCAAGAACAAGGGGAGAUCAGAGUCAUCCAGCUGGGCUUCGACUUGGAUGCCCAUGGGAUUAUCUUCACUGAAGACUACAGGACCAAAGUUCUUAAGGCCUGCAGUGGUCGACCAUAUGCUGGGGCAGUGCAGAAGUUCCUGUCUUCAGUGCUUCCAGCCUGUGGAGAUCUUAGCUUCCAGCAGGACCAGAUGACGCACACCUUUGGCUUCAAGGACCCAGAGAUCACGCAGCUGGUAAAUGCCGGAGUCCUCACUGUUCGUGAUGCUGGGAGCUGGUGGUUAGCUGUGCCUGGAGCCGGGAAAUUCAUCAAGUAUUUUGUUAAAGGGCGCCAGACUGUCCUUGGCAUGGUCCGGAAGGCCAAAUACCGGGAGCUACUCUUGUCCGAGCUCCUGAGCCGGCGGGCACCCGUUGCAGUGCGCCUUGGCCUCUCCUACCAUGUACAUGACCUCAUUGGGGCCCAGCUGGUGGACUGUAUCCCCACCACAUCUGGGACCCUCCUCCGCCUGCCAGAGACCUGA